AUGUCCAGGGCCUUGAGAUGGAUUUUUAGAGUUUUAAAUGGGAUUAGAGCGUUCAUACAUGGCUUUGAAUAUGAUUUUGUAAUGAUAAGUUGCAAGAACUCACUGGGUGUUUCUGCAGGUACAUUAGAAGCUAAACACCUGGAAAGUAUGAAUGCAUCUGAACAGGCAGAGUCUAGCUCUUGUCACCAUAGCAAAGUCACCUGUGAAGAGUUUACACCAAAAAAUUGUAGCAGUGAAAACUUAGCUGUACCGAGUAAGUUUGGUACUGAUAACUUACAAAGUGCACAAAGUAGGUGGAAUGAGCCCUUAUCAGGUCAAGUGUCAGAUAGAGUUUCUUACACUAGGGAUCGAGACGAUGUUGGCUGCUCAAGCAAAUCAGGGCUUGAUAGGAUGUCUCCAGAUAAGCAAGGAUCCGUAGAUGGAACUUCUGAUGGAGAUGUAGCUGGCAGAUUCAACAGCGGAGAAACAUCUGAUUUGAGGAAGGAUGUUGUAUGUGCAACUAAAUCAGAGCUUGUGGAUGGAAAUUCUCCUAAAAACAAUUGCAAUGAAGUUGAAGAAACUGGAAGUCUACUCGCAUCAACCAAUGCUUUAGUACUAUCUUCAAGUUGCACGCGAACAAAAAUGCUCACUAAGUCUGGGAAUACACAGUAUUUUGUAAAAGAUACGCUGAAAGAUAAAGGAACUUUAUGUAGAGGGACUGCACCUUGCGGUGAGUUCCUAGGUCAGUCUUAUCCGGAGGCUAGCAGUCCCAACAAGGUAGACACAAGUGCACCCUUGAACUCAAGUAGAGGAGUUGAUUUGACAGAAGAUGCAAGUACUUACCAAAAUAAUUUGGAUAGUAAUGCUCUGAUGUUGCCUCAUGAUGGUGUCAGCCUUAGACUAUGGCUUAAGUUUGGGGAGAAUAAUAGGAACAAAGUAAAGAGCCUGCAUAUAUUUAAGCAGAUUGUGGAUGCAGUAAGUGAUGUGCACUCUAAGGGAAUUGUUCUGCUCAACUUAUGUCCCUCCUACUUUAAAUUGCUGCAAUCAAAUGAGGUUACAUACAUUGGAUCUACUGUUCAAAUUGAAAAUAUUAGCGAUCAAGGUGCUCACGACAAGCCAAAUUAUCAAAAUGAGAAGAGGCCAAUGGAGUCCAGUAGUAAUCCAGAAGCCAAAAGAAAUAAACUUGGAGAGAAUCCCAAGUUAGUCAUAAGUGAGCCUCAGUCUCCAAACAGAUCAGGUGUUGCAGCUGCUAAUGAAAAUGAUGUAAGAUCUGGUGGUGCACAGUGGAAUGCAAUGUGUAAUAUCUCUAACCCAAAACCAGUACAUGUGACUGAGAGUGAUAUAAGUACCGUGCAAAUGUCUGAUUCUUCCAAAUUAGUGUUAGGAUCUGCAAACAAUAAAUCAGAAGAAGCGAAAUGGUAUGCCAGUCCAGAGGAAUUCAAUAAAAGGCCGUGUAUACUGCCAUCAAAUAUUUACAGUCUCGGGAUUCUUCUUGUUGAGGUAGACUAUGUUGAGCAUUUUUUUGUAGAAUUAAUUUGCUUAUUAGCUAUUAUUACUUGCGUGUACUGA